UCAAGUAAAGCAUCUGCAUCGAUCUUACAUUAGUCUUAAAAUCUUGUUAAAAUGAAGAGCUUCUUCAACCUCAUGCACACUAUAUCUAUCCUGCUCUUGCUCAACGGCAUUGCAUGCGAAGCAAAACUAUCGACGAAGUUCUACGACGGCAGAUGCAGGGACGCCGCCGCCAUAAUCCGCAAGAGCAUCGAGAAAGCGGUCUCCCGCGAGCGGCGCAUGGCGGCGUCCCUCAUCCGCCUCCACUUCCACGACUGCUUCGUGCAGGGCUGCGACGCCUCAAUCCUGCUGGACGAGACCGAUACUAUUCAGAGCGAGAAGGCAGCUGUCCCUAACGCUAACUCCGUUAGAGGAUACAACAUCAUCGAGGCGGCCAAGCGCGAUGUCGAGCGCGCCUGCCCCGGCGUCGUCUCCUGUGCCGACAUACUCACCUUAGCCGCACGCGACGCCUCCGUCGCCGUUGGUGGGCCAUGGUGGAAUGUGAGGCUGGGAAGAAGGGACUCCACCACGGCCAACCGUUCACAAGCAGAGACCGAUCUUCCAAGCCCUUUUGUUCAUCUCAACACUCUCAUUUCUGCUUUCGCCAUUAAAGGUCUUAAUGCCAGAGACAUGGUAGCACUAUCCGGAGCGCACACGAUAGGGCAAGCCCAAUGUUUCUUAUUCCGAGACAGAAUAUAUAGCAACGGGUCAGACGUAGAUGCUGGAUUUGCUACUACAAGAAGGCGGCGCUGCCCCCGAAACGGCGGAGACGGCAACUUGGCGGCGUUGGAUUUGGCGACGCCAGAUUGGUUAGACAACAACUUCUUCAACAACUUGAUUGAGAGGAAAGGGCUUCUGCAGUCGGACCAAGUCCUCUUCAGUGGGUCCACAGCUGCCAUAGUGUCGGAAUAUAGCAAGAAACCGCGAGUGUUUGCAGCUGAUUUUGGGAGAGCAAUGAAGAAGAUGGGAGAGAUUCAGAUCCUCCUCGGACAAAAUGGAAUCAUAAGGAGGAGGUGCAGCGCCAUCAACUAAUUCCUUUAUUUCUCAUUAAAAUCAAUACUUGAUCUUUGCAAAUUUGAUCGAUCGAUUGUCUAUAUUUCUACUCUUGUAUUGUAUAGUAUUGCUAAGAAAAACCAUCAAGUGGUGCCACCACAUAUCUAUCUAUAUCUUGUAUUGUUUUCAAUCCUUUUGAUUUCUAAACAUGAUUGCAGCUAUGAGUUGUAACUUGUACGCAUCGAUUAAGCUAAGUUUACGAUGAAGGAAUUUCAAAGAAUAAGUUCAAGAUGUAGAUCCACGUUGUAAGCACCAAUACUUCUACUUGGUAUAUACCAUAUGCACAACAUAUAUAAUUUCCUGCAACACACACAGUUCAAUUAUAACAAUUAGGCUGUGUUUACUUUGAUGGAUAAAUUUAUCCAUGGAAAAUGAUAGACAACAAAAAGAAAUAAAUGCAGCCUAAAAAAUGUAGAUCCACCUUUCACUAAAAAUGUAUACCACCUUUAAAGACAUUACAUUUCUCCAUUUUCUAGAAUUGCACACCGCCUUUAAAAUUCGCCCCAUAAUACAUAAUAUUUCUAUUUUUUUUGGA